AUGUCAAACCAGCAUCGCCCCGCUGGUAAAGAACGCGGAAGCAGCGUCGGUGCGGAGCCGGGACCGCGGAGACGUCUCCAGACCUGAACCGUAACCUGGGGAGGGCCCGGGGAUGAGGACGUGCUGCGGAGGGGGGGCAGAGCGGCAGCGGCUCAGCGAGGAACAAGUGACCGCUUUAGCUUCAUGUCACACGGAGGGAGACACGGACGCUACCCUGCCGCUGUUAGCAAGAGGAGGAGCGGAACAGAGGGAGAGUGAGGGGGGGCUGCCGGCCGGAAGGGACAUCACUCGCUCGCGUUAGAUCUCCGAUUUAUCCGGUUAUCGAUUUGUGUUUAGCGAUAAUCUCCAAAAAGAACAGAAGGAGAAGAAGAAGGAGAAGGGGGCUCGGGGGAUAUCAUCUGCUAGCUUGUAGCCUACCGCCAUCUCUCCUCCGCCUCCUCCGCCGGAGCGACCGCCGUGUCUUCCGCACCAUGGGGAACGCUGCCACCGCCAAGAAGGGCAACGAGCUGGAGAGCGAGACCUUUGUGAAAGAGUUUCUAGCCAAAGCCAAAGAAGAUUUCUUACGGAAAUGGGAAUCCCCACCACAGAGCACAACGUGCCUCGAUGACUUUGAGAGAUUAAAGACCCUGGGUACUGGCUCGUUUGGGAGAGUCAUGCUGGUGAAACACAAAGGAGCAGAGCAAUACUUCGCCAUGAAAAUACUGGACAAGCAGAAGGUUGUGAAACUCAAGCAAAUAGAACACACAUUAAACGAGAAGAGGAUAUUACAGGCUGUGAGCUUCCCCUUUCUCGUCAGACUUGAGUACGCGUUUAAGGACAACUCCAAUUUGUACAUGGUGAUGGAGUAUGUUCCAGGAGGAGAAAUGUUUUCACACUUAAGACGAAUUGGAAGGUUCAGUGAACCACAUGCACGGUUUUAUGCCGCUCAAAUAGUGCUGACGUUUGAGUACCUCCAUUCACUAGAUCUCAUAUACAGAGAUCUGAAGCCUGAGAACCUUCUCAUCGACCACCAUGGCUACAUUCAGGUGACAGACUUUGGAUUUGCCAAGAGGGUAAAAGGCCGGACCUGGACGUUGUGUGGGACACCGGAGUACCUGGCGCCAGAAAUCAUCCUCAGCAAAGGCUAUAACAAAGCUGUGGACUGGUGGGCCCUCGGAGUUCUCAUCUAUGAAAUGGCAGCUGGCUACCCUCCGUUCUUUGCAGAUCAACCUAUUCAGAUCUAUGAGAAGAUUGUGUCUGGAAAGGUCCGAUUUCCCUCCCACUUCAGCUCCGACUUAAAGGAUCUGUUGCGAAACCUGCUGCAGGUGGAUCUGACCAAACGCUACGGCAACCUGAAGAACGGAGUCAAUGACAUUAAGGGCCACAAAUGGUUCGCCACAACAGACUGGAUCGCAAUCUACGAGAGAAAGGUGGAAGCCCCGUUCAUACCAAAGUGCAGAGGCCCAGGGGACACGAGCAACUUCGACGACUACGAGGAGGAGGAAAUCCGCGUUUCUUUAACGGAAAAAUGCACGAAAGAGUUUGCCGAGUUUUAGGACGCGGGAACAUGGAUAUAUCAGGGAAAAAUAAGGGGAUCUUUGCACUCUUCUAAAGACUUGGGAAGGAGCAGAGACCAUCGUUUUUUCAGAUCUACUACAUAGUCCCUUCAUUCCACAGGGCUGAGUGAGGUCGCCAUGAUCCUUGGGUGCCGAUAACCUCUCACUGUCACGUACCCCUGCGUAUUAAAGCAGACACACCACUUAUUUCUUUUACUUUUUCUUUUUUUUGUACCUACCAACUGUUUUGUUUUUUUUACUUUGAAGCAGUUAGUCUUGGAUGUUGUUAUCCCCUUUUAAAGUAUGACAUUUUUCUUUUGAAUUUAUGAGGAAAAACUGAGAUAAUGGCCAAUAACAGUCCACACAUUGUAGCUGACUUUGUCUGUGGCAGUUUGACACACAGAUGUGUGGGUUGAAGGGAUCCCCCCUCGUCGUCAGCAGUGUAUAUUUAACGGUCUGUUACAAGUCCACAUCACAUUGGCUAUUGUAAAGUACUGGCCAGCUUUCAGACGUAGUGUUCGUCCUAUGUGCAUAUCUGUCAGUUUUGUAAGACAUUUGAACACGUCGGGUGUUUAAAGCAUGACCAAAUAGAAAAUAUUGGGUGACACAAGAAGAGAGGUCCUUUCCUUUCUUUGCUUUUUGCCUUAGAGAGCCAAAUCCUCAGAUCGCCCCCCCUCCCCCUCCCACUAAAGCAUCCGCUCACUGUCUUCUCUGUAUCCUGACCCAGGCACAGCAAGCCAUUGCAGAAAAUGACAAAGGUUGUUACAUUAGUCAAAUGCUAAUCCAGUUGUUUGUUUUUGAUCCUUUUGGAUCUGUGAGUUACAUGUAAAAUCUGUCAUCUGGUAUCUUCCUCUUUUCUUUUCGUCGCUGUGUCGAACAUUAUAGUCAUAUUGUCCCUAGAUUUCAGGUCUGCUUAUAAAGACCAAUCGUUACGAGUCUGUGGAACAAUGUGACUUCGGUAAAUUGAACAGAGUGAAGUGAAAUCCUUUUGAGGGUUUCCAUUGAGUGUAAUGUUACGUUAAGGGGAUCAUUGUGAAUGGUGUUGCGGCUCCGUGCCUCAACAUUGUUAGUGAUACCUUACAAAAAGUACAGAAUUUAAUAAUGUAUUAAAUUAAGGAUAUUUUAAAAUCGUGAGAAACAGGAAUGCAAAAAUUGUAAUUUGCCAUAUUUUCCCUGUUACCCCCCCAAACAGAUUGUUGUUUCAUUCUUGUCAAAGAAUGUAGAUUUGCAACUUAUAGGUAUGCAUAUUUGAAGGCUUGAUUUCAAGGUACAGUUUUCCUCACAAUACACUGUCUAAAAUAAAGACUGCUCCUUUGUAUCACAUGUAACCCUGUUAUUGUUAAGCUCAUUACAUUAUACGUAUAUGCAUUGUUUCAUAUAUGUUUUUAUUUAUACACAUUAGAGAUGCUAAUAAAUUUUAUUUUUAAAAGUG